AGCACAUCCGCCUGAUUCGCGACUGUUUACAAUCUGAAGACAGACAAACAGACCAGAAUGGGGAACCCCGCAUGAGCAGAAGAGGGGCGUGGAUCAGAAAACCGGUCAGUAUCUGGUGUGACCACGAUAAUUGGCCAUCUGCUCGGUACAGUUGAAACGGGAUUCAUCCGUGAAGAGCACACUUCUGCAGCGUGCCAGUGGCCAUUGAAGAUAAGCCUUCAUCUGUCGUGAGUCUAAGCUGAGGAGAAACACAUUGUUGUGACUGUUCUGUUGGGGGGUGGUCAUGCAGCACCCUAACUUUGAGACCCACCACCCUCUCCAGCCAGAGGGAGAGCAGGAGACUGGUUUUGAUCCGCUCCACAACUUCAACAGGAAUCGCAGCCGUGGAGGAUCUCUGGAUAGUAGCACUUUGUCUAAGUCCACUUUCCUCUCCUACAGGAAAGAAUGGGAUGACUUGUUUCUGAACACUAAUUACCUGACCAGGAUCCGGCAGGCAGGCAUCAACGGUCGAUUGCGGAGCAGCCGAUUCCGCAGUGUGUGCUGGAAGUUGUACCUGGAGGUCCUUCCUGAGGAUAAGAGCCAAUGGAUCAACAAGACCAAGGAGCUACGAGCCCAGUAUGAGAGGAUCAAAGAGACGCACAUCACCAACCCCCGUAAAGCUGCAGGUCAGCAGGACCUGGUGGUCAACAACCCACUCUCACAGGACGAGGGGAGCCUGUGGAACAAGUUCUUCCAGGACAAAGAGUUGAGAGGGAUGAUCAAACAGGACGUGAUGAGAACGUUUCCUGAGAUGCGUUACUUCCAAGAGGAGGACGUAAGGACCAAGCUGACAGACAUCUUGUUCUGUUACGCCCGAGAGAAUGAACAAUUACUGUACAAACAGGGAAUGCAUGAGUUGUUGGCUCCUAUCGUGUUCGUCCUACACUGUGACCAUCAGGCUUUUCAGCACGCCAGCGAGACCGUCCACCCCAGUGAGGAGAUGAUGUCUCUACUGAAUCCCAUGUUCCAUGAACAUGACGCCUAUGCCAUGUUUUCCCAGCUGAUGGAGACAGCAGAACCCUGGUUCUCCAGCUUCGAGAGGGUAGUCACAAGGGGGAAGGAGGAGAUGCUGACCAGCAUGCCGUUCGCCCGGCCGCAGGAUUUGGGGCCGUCCAUUGCCAUAGUGACCAAAGUGAACCGUAUCCAGGACCAGCUGGUGAAAAAGCAUGAUGUGGAGCUGCACAUGCACGUCAACCGCCUGGAGAUCGCCCCGCAGAUAUACGGCAUUCGGUGGGUGCGUCUGCUGUUUGGCCGUGAGUUCCCCCUGCAGGACCUGUUGGUGGUGUGGGACGCCCUGUUUGCUGACAGCAUCACUCUGGACCUGGUGGACUAUGUCUUUGUAGCCAUGCUGCUCUAUAUCAGAGACGCCUUGAUAGCGAGUAACUUCCAGACCUGUCUGGGCCUUCUAAUGCACUACCCACCUAUAGGAGACAUCCACACCCUACUACACAAGGCUCUGUUCCUCCGAGAUCCCAAGAACAAUCCUCGGCCAGCUAACUACCAGUUCCAACAGAAUCUGGACUAUUACAAGACCAGAGGAGCGGACCUGGUCAACAACACCCGUGCCAGUGCCAGUGCCAAGACGGCUCCUCUCAACAUCAACAAGGUCUCCAGCAGCCUUCUCAACUUUGGGAGGAAGCUCAUUGCCCCCGCCAUGUCAGCGGGUGGAGCCAGCGGUAUCUCUCCAAUCAACAGCGAGGUUCUGUCUGCCCCCUCCCCCCUCACUGCAGCCCCCCGUUCCCAAGCCGAGCCCCUGUCCUCUGGCCACGCCCCCCUGCAGACGCGGACACACUCCCAGUCCCAGCACCACCGCUUACUCAAGUCUGAGAGCAUGCCAGUCUACUUGAGCAAAGGCCAAACCUCCAGGACAGUUAGCUCCUCCCCCAGCAUAGAGAGUCUCUCUGGGGGACAGGGUCACACCACAGCGUCCCCGCCCCUUCCUGUCUCCAGGGGAAGUGACAACAGCACCUCAUCCCCACCCCUCUCGGCCACCAAGAAGGACUCCUUCUUCAACAUCACUCGCUCCCACAGCAAGACCAUGAUGGGCAAGAAAGAGGCCUUGUCCUCCUCUGUGUUGUGUAAGGAGGAGGAGUUGGAGGCCCAGGUGUCCUUCCUGCAGGGUCAGAUCAAUGACCUAGAAGCCAUGAGCAAGUACUGUGCCAAGAUGAUGAACACACACAUUGGUAAGAUCCAGGAGGUGAUCCUACAGGAGCACCUGGAGAAAGAGGAUGAGGUGUUGGUGUCACUGGCUGGACUCAAACAGAUCAAGGACAUCCUGAAGGGGGCGCUGCGUUUCAACCAGAGCCUGCUGGAGGCAGAGGAGAAUGAGGAGAUCACCAUCGCUGACCACCACUAUGACAAUGCCGCCGCCAUCGCACAGCAGCAGCACGCCAACAGUCACCAUGAAGACCAGCCCUACCUGGCCGCGCCGCAGCGUGGUGAUGGAGAACAGGAGGAGGAAGAACGGGAGCACACGCCACCAGAGCAACAGGUGUCUCCCCCAGAGUCCUCUCUGUGUGUGGGCUCGGAGGGGAAGAACUGGGACGACUACAUCCUGGUCUCGCAGGAUGGAGAGCUGCAGCCCACCGAGGGAGGGGCGGAGAGGACCCCUCCAAAUAGACAGCUCCACAGCUCGGUCAGGGUGGAGCCGGAGGGCGUGGGGGCGUUCCAGGACCCCCUGAUGGGUGCAGCGUCGGGCUCCUCCAGCCCAGACGAGGGCAGCAUUCACAGCAAAGACUCAGACUUCACUAUUGUCAACCCCCAGGACCUGUGA